AUGUCGGUGGAGAACUGCACUGUAUUUACUGAGUUCAUCUUCUUAGGACUUUCUAGCAGACAGGAUGUGCAACUUGGGCUCUUUAUUAUCUUUCUCUUUGUUUAUGGCACAACCGUGGUUGCCAAUGUAGGGAUGAUCCUGCUGAUCAAGAUGGACUCCAGACUCCACACACCCAUGUACUAUUUCCUGAGCAACCUGUCCUUCUGUGAUGUCUUCUACUCCUCCUCUAUCUCUCCCAAGAUGCUGGCUGAUUUCUUAUCUGAGCAAAAGAGGAUUCCAUAUAAUUAUUGUACCAUUCAAAUGUUUGCUUUUUGUAUAUUUGAUGAUGCAGAAUGUCUCUUGUUGGCCGUCAUGGCAUAUGACCGUUAUGUAGCUAUUUGCAACCCACUUCUUUAUACAGUUGCCAUGUCCAGGCGACUCUGUACUCUGCUGGUUUUUCUUACAUAUAUCAUAGCUCUCUUAGAUUCUGCAAUUCACACUUGUUUAGCUUUUCGGUUGUCCUUCUGCAAUUCCAAUGUCAUCAAUCACUUCUUCUGUGACAUCCCUCCCUUAAUUUCCCUUUCUACCUCAGACACAUCUAUUAAUGAGAUAAUGUUAUUCAUAUGUGGAACCAUUAUUCUCGGAUUUAGUAUCUUUACAGUCCUGCUCUCUUACAGCUACAUCAUAGCUACAGUUCUCAGAAUGAAAUCAGCUGAUGGGAGACGCAAAGCUUUCUCUACCUGUGCCUCCCACUUAAGCACAGUGGCUCUCUUCCAUGGCACACUUCUCUAUAUGUAUUUCAGACCCAGCUCCAGUUACUCCAUGGACACUGACAAAAUUACUUCUGUUUUCUACACGGUUAUCAUCCCUAUGUUAAACCCAUUGAUCUAUAGCUUAAGGAAUAAUGAUGUAAAAGGUGCCCUGAAAAAAGCUAUCAACAAUGCCUCCCAUAAAAUUAAUGUAUCUUUUCAAUUUAUUAAUUUUGAUUAA